GUGUGUGUGUGUGUGUGUGUGUGUGUGAGCUGCGAGCCCUGUGAUUGGCUGAGCCCGGCUAGAUGCACCAACAGCCGAAAGAAGACGGGAACAGAGGAGGAGGAGAGGGAGGCUGCAGAUAGAGCAGAGAAUACAAAGAGCAUGUGAGGGAGAGAGAGAGAGAGAGAGAGAGUGUGUGUGUGUGUUUGUGUGUGUGAACACAUGUGUGUGUGACAUCCAGAGGUGUGUCUGUGUCGGUGUGAGCGUGUGCAGAAGCGAGGAAGCGAGGAGGAAACCUGAUCCCACUCUCUCUCGCUGCCUCUGUGGAAUAAGGCUUUUCCGUUAGCUCUCUCGUCGUUAUUAGCCUCGCUGUGAGCUCCUAGCUUAGCCCGGCCCGGCUCGGCCCGGCACCGGCUCCCGGUUCGGACCCGGCGUGGUGGUGAUGGAGCGGUUCCUGGCCCUGCUGCGCCUGCUGGGCAGGAGGAGGCGAGGGAGGAGGUACCGGGCGGAUGACGAUUACCAGGAAGGCUACGAAGACGUUUACUACUACACCAGCAAGUACAACACACACCUACUGAAUGAGGGGCCGUACACCAAACACUCUGCCGGGUCGCGACCUCCAGAUGGAGCGCUGGCCAUCAGGAGGCAGAGUAUACCAGACGAGUUUCGGGGCUGCUCGGUGGUGGAGCUGAUGAAGAAGGAGGGGACGACGCUCGGACUGACGGUUUCAGGCGGCAUCGACAAAGAUGGGAAGCCCCGGGUUUCAAACCUGCGACAAGGAGGCAUUGCUGCCAGGAGCGACCAGCUGAACGUGGGCGACUACAUCCGCGCCGUUAACGGCAUCAACUUGGCCAAGUUCAGACACGACGAAAUCAUCAGUCUGCUGAAGAACGUUGGGGAGCGAGUCGUGCUGGAGGUUGAGUACGAACUACCGCCUGUCUCGGUGCAAGGGUCAGGGGUCAUGUUUAAGAACGUAGAGGUCACACUUCACAAAGAAGGAAACAGUUUUGGCUUCGUCAUCAGAGGUGGGGCCCAUGAAGACAGGAACAAGUCUCGCCCCAUCGUCAUAACAACCAUCAGGCCAGGCGGUCCUGCUGACAGAGAAGGAACCGUAAAGCCUGGCGAUCGGUUGCUAAGCAUCGAUGGGAUUCGUCUCCACGGCAGCACGCUAUCAGAGGCCAUGAGCAUCCUGAAGCAGUGCGGGCAGGAAGCCACGCUGCUGAUCGAGUACGACGUCUCAGUGAUGGAUUCAGUUGCCACGGCGUCAGGACCGCUGCUGGUGGAGGUUGCAAAGGCGACGGGUUCCAGUCUGGGCGUGGCUCUGUCCACCUCCAUGUUCUGCAACAAGCAGGUCAUCAUCAUCGACAAGGUCAAACCAGCCAGCAUAGCAGACAGGUGUGGUGCUCUUCAUGCAGGUGAUCACAUUCUGUCUGUUGAUGGGAAGUCGAUGGAGUUUUGUUCUCUGGCUGAAGCCACUCAGCUGCUUUCUGCCUCCUGUCAGACUGUCCGUAUGGAGAUCCUGCCUCAACACCAGGCCCGACCGGCCCUGAACGCACCACAGCACGCUCUCAGUCACUCGUUCUCUCCCGGCUCCAUGUCGGCCUAUAGUCUCUCGUCCCUGAACAUGAGCACCCUGCCCAGGAACAUGUAUCCCACGAGUCCACGGGGCACGCUGAUGAGGAGGAAGGCCAAGAAGAAGGACUUUAAGAGUUCCUUGUCUCUUGCGUCCAGCACCGUGGGUCUCGCCGGUCAGGUCGUUCACACGGAAACCACGGAGGUUAUGUUGCUAGGCGACGGCAUCAUGGGGUUCGGCCUGCAACUGCAAGGCGGGGUCUUUGCCACGGAAACGCUCUCCUCGCCGCCGCUCAUCGCUUACAUCGACCCCGACAGCCCAGCGGAGAGGUGUGGUAUCCUGCAGAUCGGUGACAGGAUUUUGUCCAUAAAUGGAGUUCCUACUGAAGACUCGACUCUGGAAGAAACCAAUCAGCUGCUGAGAGACUCAUCCAUCACCGCUCAGCUCACACUGGAGAUUGAGUUCGACGUGGCUGAGUCGGUCAUCCCCAGUUCAGGAACAUUUCACGUGAAGCUCCCAAAGAAACCCGGAGUGGAGCUGGGAAUCACCAUCAGCUCUCCGUCCAACAGGAAACCAGGUGAUCCUCUGAUCAUCUCCGACAUCAAGAAAGGCAGCGUUGCACACAGGACGGGAACGUUGGAGUUGGGAGACAAGCUGCUGGCCAUCGAUAACAUCCGGGUGGAGAACUGCUCCAUGGAGGAAGCCGUCCAGAUCCUCCAGCAGUGCGAGGAACUCGUCAAACUGAAGAUCCGAAAAGACGAAGACAACUCCGAUGAGCAGGAAGUGUCUGGCAGCAUCAUCUACACCGUGGAGCUGCAGCGGUACGGAGGCCCGCUGGGAAUCACCAUCUCCGGCACCGAGGAGCCCUUCGACCCCAUCAUCAUCUCCUCGCUGAGCAAGGGAGGGCUCGCUGAGAGGACCGGUGCGAUCCACGUAGGAGAUCGUAUCCUGGCGAUCAACAGCAGCAGUCUGAAGGGGAAACCUCUGAGUGAAGCCAUCAGUCUGCUGCAGCAAGCAGGAGAGACGGUGACACUGAAGAUCAAGAAGCAGGGAGAACUGUCCAGCCCGAAGUCCUGUGUGAUUGGUCCAGGCCUGGUGCCGGGGGCGGGGCUUGUCCGCGAGCACCAGGACGGGGAGGAGGAGCCUGUCGUCAUGGUUGCGCCUCUGUCAAGCCAGAGAGCGUUCAGCACGCUACCGUCAGUCGACAGCGCUGUGGAGUCCUGGGACGGAUCCAACGUGGACAGCAGCUUCACCAGCCCGGCUCCACCAUUUCAGUCGUCUCCGUACAGUUUCCACGAGUGGCGCAACGCCAAGACAACCAACAGCCAAUCGUCUUCCUCCGCCCGCCAGAGAGCCAAUCCGCUGUCAGAUCUCGGACUGAGUGACGACGACUGGGACCGCCCACCGCUUGGAGGUGCCUGUAAUCUGCCCAGCGGUCUAAUCACUGACAGCAGGUUCACUGUGGGUCAUGAUGGGACAGAACCGGACCAGGAGGAGAACUUCUGGUCUCAGGCUCUGGAGGAUCUGGAGACCUGCGGCCAGAGCGGCAUCCUCAGAGAGCUGGAGGCAACCAUCAUGUCAGGCUCCAGCCUCAGUCUGAACCACGACCCCACGCCCCUGCGUAGCACACUGGGCCGCCAAGCGAGCUUCCAGGAACGCAGCAACUCCAGACCGCAGGUAACAGCUCGGUCCAACACCUUGCCCUCUGACCCCCAGCGCCGAGCCUUUGCCAUGAGGAAGAUGAGGCAAGAAGUCAACGAGAUCCUAAACCAGAACCCUGUGGAACUCCACAAGCUGACUCUAGAGAAGGCCUCAGAUCUGGAGGAUUUUGGUUUCAGUGUUUCUGACGGUUUGUUGGACCGCGGCGUCUACGUUAGCAACAUCCGACCUGGAGGCCCGGCAGAGCGGGGUGGCCUCCGAGCCUAUGACCGAAUACUACAGAUUAACCACGUGCGGACAAGGGACUUUGACUGCUGCCUCGUCGUUCCGCUGAUCGCCGAGUCUCCAAACCACCUGGAGCUCGUCAUCAGCCGGAACCCCACCUCCUCCUGCCUGUUGGCCAAUCACACUGAUGGCACCACCAACAGCAGUCACUCCCCUCAGCCAAUCGGCGGCGACCUGGGACCGUCAGAGUUCUCCAUUGGCCAGGUAGAGGAUGGUGGUCCGAUCAAGUGGAGCCAGCCGGGAGACGGGCUGGGAGCGGCACUUGGGGUGGGGUUUGGUGUCGGGCAGGUGAAUAAUAAAUCCGUAUAGCAGAAAAAAACUGGACGAAACUGGAUUAAACCAGUUUUAACCAGACUGGACUGGAGAGGUCAACAAGGAGAACAAUACAACAAAGUUGAAUUAAACUGGUUUAGACCCAUCCAAACUGGUUCAGAGUGGACCCCCCAUGGUGCUACACACCCUCUGGAUGAACUUUGACCCUUGACCACUAAAGUUCGACCUUUGAACUGCUAAAGCAGCCUGAAAGCACACUGAUGGACUGGAGCAACUCCUCACCUUUUCACCUGAACCAGUUCUGUAUACUGGUCCUGCUGGUGUCACUGGAACCAUAACUAUGACUACUGAUCUGAGUAGAACCACUGGAGCAUCUGGUCUUACUGGUCCAGGAUUAAUGGGUACUGGUUCUGCUAGCCCAGAGCCAUGGCUACUGAAUCUGCUGAAGCCAGAGCCACAGCCAAUGGUCUUACUGGUUCAAGACAUGUGAGUUCUGGUCUUAGUGGUUUGAGAAUCAUGGCUACUAAUUCCACUUAAACCAGAGUCAUAGCCAGUGGCCUUACUGGUCCAAGACACAUGGGCUCUGGUUUAAUGGUUACAGAACCAUGGCCCUACUGAAGCCACAACUAAUGGUCUUACUGGUCCAAGACACAUGGGCUCUGGUCUUAGUUGUGACAGAACCAUGGUUACUGGUUCCACUGGAGGCAGAGCCACAGCCAGUGGUGUUACUGGUCCAAGAUAUGGUUCUUGUUCAUGGUCUUAGUGGUCACAGAAUCGUGGGUACUAAGCUAGAGCCAUGACCACUGCUUCUACCAGUCAAGAGCUGUGGCUUCUCGUCCAUAUGGUCUUACUGGAACCAGAACCAUGGCGUCUGGUUGUACUGGCCAAGAACCACAGCAGCACAAAGACUGAUGGGACUCUAGAAUCCAGAACUUGCUGGUUGCCAAGAGGACUAGGGAUGCUCCGAUCAGGCCGUUUAGGGCUGAUGUCAAAACAGAUUCUGAUUACUGAUAACGGUUUCUGUUUUUAAACAUUAUAAAGAAAACCUCCUGUAGAAGAAACCAUUAUAAAACCCACUACUGUGAUUUAUGACAAAGUCUUAACGUCACUUGCUGCUACUCGCUUCGACAAUUACAACCUCUGGAUGUCUCUAUUAAAUGAAGGAGUUUGGGCUUUCCAGUCCAUCAGGUCUUUGGACAGUGAAGUCCUGGGUAUGCUUGAAACAAGUAUGGAUCCCACCAGGGUUAUUGGUAGAAGUACCUUUCCCACUAAAGUAGCUCUGGUUCUUGAAUCUGUUCCAUUCAAGAUUCUUGGAACCUUGUUCCUAGCGUACCGGCCUGUGUUCCCACCGCCAACAAUAACCUGCUAUAACAGGCCUUUUCCACCAACAAGGAAUGGGCUCUGUUCUGGUUCUCGCACCUCGUUUUGAACAGUUUGGAGCAUUUCAACCUAAAAUAAAUUGGUUACCAAAGCUCCACUCAAAAUCGGUGGGAACGUGGGCUAGUUCUCUAGAUAGCAACAAGGUUCAAGAGUCUUGGAUGGAAUUGGUUAAAGACCCAGAACCAGUUUGAAAGGAAAAGGGGCCUUAGUGGCCCAGAAGGUUGGGUUCCGAUAAGAUUAAAGAUGGCUAUGGUUAAGUGGAAGCAUAAAGUUGAAAACAAUUGUUUAGGUUUAAGAUCAUCAAAGAUGUUUGGGUUUCGGUGAAGAUUUGGUGUCGGUCAGGUUAGAAUCUAAAAGGGAUCGGAUCCACAACAAGAUACAGCUGCUCGAAUCUGAUUCUGACAGGCUGGUUGAUUCUCCGAAAGUCCAUUAGAAAAGAGUUGUCCGUUAAAAACAGCACCUUGAGUUCCUCUUAGUGGCUGGACAUCUUAAUACUUUGUGCAAUAGAAAGCAUUUCACUGGUUUUACAGAAGCACAAACAUCGGAUAGAAACUGUAAAAUUAGUGAGUAGUCGUGGUGCUUUGGUUCCUGAUCUUGAAUUGCUGCUACAAUUGUUUUGCAACCGCUCAGACGUCACUGUUUAAAACCCAGAAACUCCAAAUCUUUUGAAAACAGUCUCACAGCAGCUCUAGAGCUACAAAACUAUUUCCUCCGAGGUCAAGAAGAAUCCUUAAAUCGAUGUUUUGAUGAAACAUCUUCAAUUCAAUGACAACUUCCUCUGCUAAGGAAGGUCAUGUGAUAAGAUAAAAACAAACUCCACAGCAGCUACUAAACGGAUUAUUUUCUCAACAAAAAGAAAACACGUUAAUAUUUCUCCACAGAUUUCGAACAUUAACCAACCGCAGUGGAAAAAGAAAACAAAGAAUAAAUGGUUUCCAAUAAUAAUCAGCUGGUUCUGAUCGGAGCUUCCCUAACGAGACGGACGGAAAGACAGAAAGAGGUUUUACUGUUAAAAUAUUAGUUCUGUGCCAUGAACGAGCUUCAGACUGGAAGAAUAAUAAUAAUCAAUAAUGAUGAUGAUGAUGAUGAUGAUGAUGAUGACACUGAGCAGUUCAAUAAGAAUCUUUUUCUACUGUUUACACCUGUUGGACUGGCCACACUGUGUGUAUGUGUGUGUGUGUGUGUGUUGUGUGUGUGUGUUUGUAUGUUAUGUGUGUGUGUGUGUGUGUGUGUGUGUUCAACACAAGGCCAGUUAAGCCCCACCCACCUAAAAAAAAAUAUUCCUCGUCUUGGCUUUGCCCCGCCCCCUCACUUCUUCCCUCGACCAAUAGGCAGCCAGGAUGACGGACAGACGGCAGUUCUGAGCGAUUCAGCUGAUUGGCUGGAACCAAUCAGGAAAUAAAACCAACCAACUCUUCCCUGCCUGUCUGUGAUUGGUUCUCCUCAACACACAAACUGACCAAUCAGCUCCCAGGAAGAAGCCAAGCAUGCCCCCACCCCGACCUCCCUGACCCCCCUCCCCCAGUAACAGUGAUCUAUUAUGCUAAUCGAUUGGUGUGUUUUUUGAUUGACUGUUGUCAGUUUUCUCUGUUUGUUUGUUUGUUUGUUUGUUUGUUUCCAUGGCGACUGAACCUGAAAAGAUGUAAAAUAGAUUAAAAAACGGUUCCGUCC